AUGCGAUUAAGCGAAAUGUUACGUCGUUCAGCAGAGCAUACAAUGAUUAUCAUGGUACAAACCAUGUUUGAGAGACUUAAAUCUUUAGAAGAAGAACCGAUAGCAUUGGUUUCACAAGAGGAAGGGGAGGGUGAAAAGAAUUCUGCUCAAGAAUCCCAGGUGCGGAUGGCACCUCCAGAUCCAAAAUCCCCCAGCCUUCCUUUGAAUUCGGAAUAUGAUGAUAUACCUUCCAGCCUUUUGUCUAGUGCUUCUACGUUCGCUUUAUCCAAAAACGACACCUUAAAUGAGUCAUCUAUAUACGAUACAACAGAGGAACCUAUAGAGCUAGAUGAAAAUGGAGAAGAAGUUCGUAAUGAGGUUAAAUCUAAACAAGAAAGAGACGCCGGAUCGAGCCCUACAGUUAAUGCAUCAAAUGAGGAUGAAAAAGAUUCUGAACCAAGGCCUUUCGGAUUACCGUCGAUAAAGGAGUUAUUUCGUGUUCUCGUGUCUUUGCUUAACCCCCAUGACGUUCAACAUACAGACACUAUGAGAUUAAUGGCCCUCAGCAUAUUAAAUGCUGCAUUUGAGGUUGGCGGUAAAACUAUUGGGAAAUUUGAGUCUCUGCGCAAUCUUGCAAUUGACGAAUUAUGCAAAUAUUUAUUUCAACUUGCCCGCACAGACAACAUGGUUCUUUUAUCACUUUCUCUUCGUGUCAUAUCAACGGUGUUCGGGACUCUUCGCCCGUAUCUAAAAUUACAGCAAGAGCUUUAUUUAUCAUUUCUCAUCGAAAGACUUACACCACCAACGAACAGUUUGAGGACUAUUGCGUUUAACGCAGAAUUUUCAAGUAUAAAUAGUAGUAUCGAUUCUCCUCUUGCAUCUGGGUCAUCAACGCCCAGCACAGGUCGUGAUCGUAAUUUACGCUUAAGUGGAGAGACUUCUGUUGCGACUGGCGAAGUUCGAGAGUUAUUACUCGAAUCACUUGGCCAGUUUGCUAGGGAUCCCUCUUUUAUGGUAGAUUUGUGGGUCAAUUAUGAUUGUAAUAUUGAUUGCGGAGAUUUAUUUGAAGAAGUUGUAAAAUUUUUGAGCAAGAAUUCCUUUCCUGAAAAUACCGGAUAUUCGGUUAGCAACUCGUAUGUUAUUUGCUUAGAUUCUCUGUUACUGUAUGUAAAUCACAUGGUAGAAAGGUUAAAAUCAGAGAAGGAUAAAGAUCGUCCAUCAAACUGUAAUUUAUCUUGGGAUCAAAUGUCAGCGACAGAUUAUAAUGCCGGUUUAAGACCUGCGGUUUAUCCAUAUGCCGCGCAGCUUUUACAAUUAAAGCAACAAAAAAAUAUAUUAAGAGAGGGAGCUUCAAAAUUUAAUGAAAACCCUAAACAAGGGCUUGAAUUCCUUCAAGCGAACGGUAUAAUAUACAAUGAUCCUUCCAUUGACAAAAAUACGAGUCUCGCUAAAUUUUUGAAAUCUACAUCGCGUAUUAAUAAAAAGCUCUUGGGCGAUUUUCUAUCCAAACCAUCGAAUAUUGAGAUUUUAAGGGCUUUUGUUAAACUUUUUGACUUUGAAGGAAAACGAAUUGACGAAGCCUUGAGAGAGUUACUUGAGUCUUUUCGUUUGCCCGGCGAAGCUCAGCAGAUUGAAAGGAUCGUGGAGACUUUUGCUGUCACAUAUUUUGCAUCCGGGCCAGCCGAAAUCGAAACGCAAGACGCAACUUUUGUUUUAUCUUAUUCGGUUAUAAUGUUAAACACGGAUUUACACAAUCCGCAAGUUCGGCGUCGCAUGACAAUUGAAGAUUAUAUGAAAAAUCUUCGUAAUGUCAACAACGGACAUAAUUUUUCACCCGAAUAUCUUAAUGCAAUAUAUGAUGCUAUACGUAAAAGAGAAAUAGUUAUGCCCGAAGAACAUGAAGGUCAACUAGGAUUCAAUUAUGCAUGGAAGGAACUGUUGCGAAGAGCGGAUCACGCUGGGCCGUCUAUAAUAUGUGAUGUGUCACUAUAUGAUAAAGACAUGUUCGCUACUGCUUGGAAGCCUACGGUUGCGGCAAUUUCAUAUGCGUUUAGCACUGCACAAGACGACACAACUCUGCAAAAGGCCAUUACAGGAUUUCGGCAUUGUGCAUUAUUAUCUGCCGAGUAUAAGUUAUACGACGUAUUCGAUUAUAUCAUUAUGUCACUGUCUAAGAUGACAGGAUUGCUUGGCACGAGGUAUUCCAACGAAACUGCAAAUAAUCCA